AACACCCAGCAGAUGGAGUUGCCACCACGACCUACUUUGUUUGACUUCCAUGGAGUCUCCAUGACCAAAUACUUCACUGAUAACUGGGUUAACAUACAGAGCUUUAAAGCGAGGCCAGAUGAUAUUGUGCUGGUGAGCUAUCCAAAAGCAGGAAACACAUGGGUCUCUUACAUCUUGGACCUCUUGUACUUUGGCAAGACAUCACCUAACCGACAAAACUCUGUUCCACUUCAUGAAAGAGUGCCGUUUCUGGAGAUCAGCAUACCUGGAUUCCCCUCUGGAGUGGAUGAGCUGAAUUCAUUAAACAUUUUUCCACGGAUUAUCAAGACGCACUUGCCAGUCCAGUUUCUUCCCCAAUCCUUCUGGGAACAAAACUCCAAGAUAAUCUAUGUAGCUCGCAAUGCAAAGGAUUCAGCUGUUUCAUACUUUCAUUUUGAUCGCAUGAAUAAAGCCCAACCAGAGCCUGGUGAUUGGGGCAGUUACCUGCAGAGAUUCAUGGAUGGCAAAAUGGUGUUUGGUUCCUGGUAUGACCAUGUGGAAGGCUGGUGGGAGAAGAGAAAGACCUCUUCUAAUAUCCUGUAUUUGUUCUAUGAGGAUCUAAUCGAGGAUACUGAACGAGAAAUCAGCCGGCUUUGCUCCUUCCUGGAACUAUCUCCCUGCGCAGACCUGAAGAAAGAAGUAACAGAAAAGUCUAACUUCAACAACAUGAAGCACGACAAAAUGGCCAAUGGCUCGGCGGAUGAAGUCUUUGAUUUUAAGAUCUCCCCUUUCAUGCGCAAAGGAAAGGUUGGUGACUGGAAGAAUCACUUCACUGUUAAACAGGAUGAAGAGUUUAAUGAGGACUAUGAGAGGAAGAUGAAAAAUACUGAUCUUCUCUUUCGCAUGGUUCUAUAGCUAAUCUACAC